AUGUUGACGAAGAGAAAUCAACGAACAACAUUAUGUACAAAUGAUCAUGUUUCUAUUAAAGAAAGAAGAUCAGUGUACGAUUCACAAUUUGUUCUUGCAAACCGGUGGUCUAAAACUCGAACAUCAACUCCGGGAAUUGUUACAAAUCAUAAUUAUAACUUCCGUAAAUCACCUAAUUUUUAUAUGAAAUUAGUUCGACGUAGUUACGAAGAAUAUGAUUUUGAACAAACACGGAACAAAAAAUAUUAUCCAGCAUCUUCCAAAACGACUGCUGUUAGACAUCGUGAAUUAUUCCAUGCACGUGAAGUACAAAUAUUCAUAUUCUCGUUAAUAGUUUUUCUUCUUGUUGCGUUAUACCUUAUUUGUCUAAAACAAUGCGAAAAAUCCGAUGGUGACGGUAACACCGAAGCGAUUGUAAUUCCAAUGCAGCUAAGAAGAACAUCGUUCGAAACAGUGCGUCGUAGUUUACCACGUUUAGAACCGCGAACAACUGAAAAUAAUAAUACUAGUGUUGAAAGAACAACAACUUUAGUUCAACAACAAACUUCAGAUUUACCACCAACAUAUGAUAGUGUGGUAGAAGAAAGUGGAGUAAUGAUUAUAAUCCAGCAACAGUCUUUACUACCUCCAACCUACGAAACUUUUAUGGAACGAAACAAUGAAAGAGAGGAAACUGACUCGUAG